AUGUCGGCUAGACAAUGGGCCGACUUGCAGGUAUCCAAAGCCUUGAAUCGAGUUGAAAGUGUAAGUCUGUUCCGAUCAGGACCGGGCGGGUGAUUUUAACUUGCGAGCGGGGAGGGAGUGGUGUUCGGGCCGAGGAAGAGGGAAUUUUUGAGAUUUAAGAGAACGGCCCCCCCCCCUUUUUUUUGACCCACUACCUCAAAAAAAGAGGGACGGGCCUCCCCCUCUAGUGCAAAAUAACCCGCCCGGAAGUGGUUAAGAUGCUUUUCUUGUUAAAAACUCUUGUCUAGCCAGCCGGUUAAGCUAUAAAUCAUGUCGUGCACGCUGACAUAAUUUUUAAUUUAAUAUAUAUAUUGUGCAUUACAGUGUAUGAUUACACUUUAAUGAAAUUUGCAAAACAUUAUUGCAUUUAAGUCCAAGUUUUAACAUUAAACUUUAUUUUUUAGGCUUAAAAUGGCAGGUUUUAUUUAGUAAAAUAAGUAUAAAUUAAAGAUAAACUCGUAACCUUCUAUUCUUCAGAUGCUAAGCCAAUUAACAUUAGACGAAUCCGAGAAGAAAAGACAGAAAAGGUAUCGCCACGAAAAGAUCAGGAUAGCCACACGACAGUUGAAGCGACAUCGGACCGACUUUCUACCUGAACCGAAGCCGCAAUCACCGAAACCUAUCUACAAACUGGAAGUUGAACCAUGCAAACCAAGUGUAACAUCGACGAGUUCAAAGAUGUCAGUGUUUUACCCAACUCGGCCACAUCCAACACCUCCACUGGAACCAUCCCCAGUUCAAGCAGUACCUCCACCUCAACUAACAUCUCCAGUUCAAGCAAGGCCUCCAGCUCAGUUAGCACCUCCAGUAGAGCAAACAUCUCGACAUUGCUCAAUACCACGUCAACUCACCUCAUCCGAACCUUCACUUCAACCAACAACUCGACCAACAUCUUCACGUCAACCCACUUCACCUCGACCUUCAAUCCAACCAACGUCUCCACAUCACUCCACCCCCACACAAUCUCAGCCCAACCCACCUCAAUCUCCACUCGAACCUACCUCCACCCUCAUUGUGCUCCACCCCAGCUCUGAAACUCAACAUACCAUAACAUUGCCAGGGAUGUUAGAUGCCCGUCGACAUCGUACCUAUAUUCUACCAGAACCCAGAUCCGAGAACCCGAGACAUGUCUACGAUUCGGACUUUGAAGUACGUGAGCCAAGCUCGUCGACGUGCUCCAACAUGUCAGGACUGGAAGCCUUCUCGGGCAGUCGAGAUGACGUUAACAAUGAAGUUACUGUGUACGAAUACCCGCCAAUUGAGGUAGGAAAGAAUGGUUUUAUAUAUAUAUCAAUCAAAAGUUAUUCUUUUAGACUUUUUACAUUAACCUUCUAAGUUACACUACCUUAAUCAUAACACUUCUUAGAUUACACAGCCUAAAAACUGCCAUUUCAGAUAAAAAGCAAAACGGACAACUUUUGCGUACGAUUAACAGUACCAGUUAAAGACGAGAACAAUCAAUUUAAAAAGUACCAGAUCGGUUGCCGACUAAAAGAAGGCAGAGAAAUUCAGCAAAUCAGCAUCGACGACGCUUUAUUCGAACAAUAA